AAUAAAGUGUAGUUUUAAUAGGCUUCCACCACUCGGCAGUCGCACAGGCGCUGAGUGAUCUGAGUCCUCCCCCUCCGCAAAAUCCCACCUUCUUCUUCGCAAAGCCCCUCCAAUAAACUCAGCAACUGUAGUCUCUAUCCACAACUCCCUCGACGAAACUCAAUAUUCAACACCAAGGAAACAAAGCAAGAAGCAAAAGGGAAGCCAUGUCUGGCCUCCCUUGGUCAUCGAGUGCUUUACUGAAGAACAGCCUCCCCCCCCAAGAACUCCUUGAUGAUCUAUGCAGUCGGUUUGUUCUAAAUGUGCCAAAAGAAGACCUGCAAUCAUUUGAGAGGCUUUUAUUUCUCGUGGAGUAUGCUCAUUGGUUUUAUGAGGACAACUCAGUGGAGAAAAAUCCAUCACUGAAGUCAUUUAGUUUGAAGGAGUUCACUUCUUUAUUGUUUAACAGCUGUGAUGUUCUAAAACCUUAUGUUGCCCAUAUAGAUGACAUAUUUAAGGACUUCACUUCUUACAAGGUCAAGGUUCCUGUAACUGGCGCAAUCAUUUUGGAUGAAACCUUUGAAAGGUGCUUACUCGUGAAGGGAUGGAAAGGAUCAAGCUGGAGUUUCCCUCGUGGCAAAAAGAACAAAGAUGAAGAAGACCAUGCAUGUGCCAUCAGAGAAGUCCUGGAAGAAACAGGUUUUGAUGUUACAAAUCUUCUUGACAAAGACGAGUAUAUUGAAGUUAUAUUUGGACAGCAAAGGGUGCGGCUGUACAUUAUUGCUGGUGUGAGGGAGGAUACUGCCUUUGCACCACUCACCAAAAAGGAGAUCAGUGAAAUUGCAUGGCACCGGCUGGAUGAUCUUCAGCCUGCAAGUGAUGAUGUGAUAUCUCGUGGCAUCACCGGCCUCAAGCUUUACAUGGUGUCACCUUUUCUGGCAACAAUGAAAUCAUGGAUUUUAUCACAUGAGUCCCCGGUUGCUCCAAGACCUGAUAUGCCUCUCAAAGGAAUCAGCGUGUGGAAUGCAAAAAGCAGCUCGAUAGGGAGUAGCACCAUGAUAGUGGAGAGCCAACCAACUAAACCUGAACCCGAAGUUCAUCCUCCAGACACAGAAGCAGGCAAGAGUUUCAGAAACUUCAGGUUUGACGUCACUCCAGUCUUGCAAGCAAUUGAUGCUGGUUUCCGUUCUCCAAUGUAACUUGCUUCUUGUAAAGCGGUUCAAGUUUGCAUAGCUGGGUUAAUAUCCCCGGUUCGUUUGCAUUCGCAAAUACUGGAGAGUUGCCCCUCAUGUCAGAUGUACAUCGUUGGUGUUAGAUUUUCAGUUGUGGGGUUGUGUAUAUCCUGUUUAGAAACCCAUACAUGGCAAAGUAUCUGCAUUUUGAGUCGAUGAUCGGUUUGUAAACUCCGAGACGGAUAUAAUGAACGACAACGGUAGAUUCUACAGCAACGUGAUCUGUGUUCGUCAUUGUGAUA